AUGACUUUGGAAAAUUAUGAAAGGGCGAAGGAGUACUUCGAAGCAGCGGAAGCUAAGCUCCAAGAAGAUUUGGAGGGAGAUCUGUGCGAUUCGAAACUUUCUUCCUAUGUCAUCACUAUGAGAUACAACCUCGCUAGAUGUUUGGAACACUUGUGCUUGUUCGAAGACGCUGAAGUUUUAUACAAAGGCAUUUUGAGAGAACAAGAAAAUUACACGGAUUGUUAUCUACGUCUCGGAUGUCUUGCACGCGAUCGAGGGCAGAUUUAUGAAUCAUCGGUGUGGUUCAAAGAAGCGAUGUCCGUUACUGUUGUAUAG